AUGACAGGCUCUCACAGUCCCACAGAGGUAAUCAAACACUCAAACACACACCUGCCGGUGACAUCAUUACCCAGAGAUCACCUGCAUUUACCUCCUUUACCAGUACAGACCAUCCCUGACUACCCAAACCAGUCUGAUGAGUCUCCUCCAUCCAGACCUGCACCACAACCUACAUCACCACAAACCAGAUCACACCACAGCAGACCAGCGUGGACACAAUCCAGUCCGAGUGAGCGAGAGAACGGUAAAGCACCAUCGUCUGCAUGUCGCUCCUCUCACAGGUUUUCUCUGGAUCUGGACGCUCAGGAUUUGGACAGCUCCCGUGAGAACGAGAAGAGCUCGUUAGAUUCUGACGCGAGGAAACCUCAGCAUCACGAAUGGCCUCCUUCUAAAGGAGAGACCGACGGAAGCUACACCAAUCACAGCAAACCUGCGCAGGGAUUGGAGGAUCAGAACUGGUACGUUGGUACGGUUAGUCGCGUGGACGCUGAGCACGCUCUUCACCUCGUCAACCGGGAAGGAGCCUUUCUAGUGCGCGACUGCUCGAAGAACACUACCUAUGAGCCCUUGGUCCUCGCUGUGUUUUACGACAAACGAGUGUUUAACAUUCAGAUCCGCUUCUGUGAUGAAACCAGCAAAUAUACUCUGGGAACAGGCCUGAGAACCAAUGAUAGGUUUGACUCAGUCACUGACAUCAUCAGGUUCCACUCCAUUUUUCCCAUCGUUCUCGUUGAUGGGCGGAAAUCCUCCACGGCAACCAAUCAGAAGAGGCAGUGUGUGCUGAUGUACCCAAUCACAAAGCAGGACCUGACAGAGCUUCUCAAAUAAGAACAAAUACAGAAACCACAACAUCUCCAGGACGUUUAACUGACAUUUCAACUUUAUAAGACAUUGACUGGAACAGAGCCAUAAAGGAAAAUCAGUCAUGUAAAAACAUGACUGUGUAGAGAGAUUAAAUAUCUAAUGAACGCAUUUUAAAACACACAUACACAAAUAAAAGUGAGUGUUUGGUUGAAUGCAGACACAAAAGAAGCAUUUUUCCAGAAACCUUUAAUCCAUAUUUAAUCACACUUAAUAUUUUUGGUCUUUAUGAAUAAUUUAAAAAUAGAUGUUAUGCUUUUGGAGCCUCAGAACUAUGUACAGAUUAUAGUUUGACAUAAACUCAUGACACACGAUUAGUUUGAGUUUACAAACGAGCAGAUGCCCUGAAAAUCAAAAGUUCAGCUGUAACUUCACAUAACAUCAACAGUAGUGAAAGAAACAGUCGGUAUACUGGUUUGAUCAUUUGAGGUAGAUUUACAAUCAUAUACACGUCAAACUGUCUCGACUGUUUAAUGACAAUACACUUCACAAAUGAAAAGCUGUUUAAUGUACAGACUUUGACAGAAAGUGUACAUGUGUGCUGUAGUUUACAGUGAAAUACUGAGUCUGUAUACACAAAACUUAGUUUGCAAAAACGCUUUUAGUGUCUGUCAUAUGUUUGAAUUUCACAAAUGACAAAGAAGCCUUAUCCAACAAAGACCAUGUGCACAAAAAUCAGAAAACACUCACUUAACACUGAUGCUAACGUGCUGGUAAUAUGAUUAAAAACGACAUGAAAAGA